UUUUGCUUUACCCUUUGACCAUAAUUUGCUUGUGCUUAUACACUAGUUCUUGUUUUUUUCACUGCAGUGAACUCCUUUAUGACCUGGUAAAAUACGAUUAACUUGUCUCCUGGUCAACAAAGGUUUUCAAGACGUGUGUCACGUGAUGCUGUAUUUGCUCACUUCUGGGAAAAGCCACAUAAAGAAGCUUGGUCUAUUGGUGGAGGUCAGAAAGUAUUUAAGGAUCCUCAGAUCCUGCAACUGAACCCCCGAAUGCCUGUUGACCAGCACAGGUAUUAGGUCCCCUCCACUGACAAACAUGGGUGUGUUUGCUGCAAUCGUUUCAGCUCUUCUCCUGAGUGGGUUUUGCAGAGGAGGACCAACUACUUUAACACCACAGUCAGGCACCUGCUGGGUCAUUGGCACUCUCCACUACACUUUUGAUAACUAUCACUACACCUUCACGGGCAACUGCACCUACACCCUGGCCAAGAACUGCCAUGUUGAUGACACCCUCCCGGCCUUUGAGGUGGAGACCAAGAACGCGAACGAGGGCAACGUACAGGUCCCGACAGUGGAGACGGUCACUAUCAAUGUUCACGGGAUCAACAUCGAAAUACUUCGCUCUGAGUUUGGUAUUGUUCGGGUGAACUAUCAAAAAUGGAAUCUCCCGAUCAACUUGAACAAUGGCCAGGUGAAGCUUUUCCAGAGAGGUCUGUAUGUCAUCAUGGAGACAGACUUUGGACUGAACCUACAGUACGACUGGAACGAGUACCUCGCCGUCACAGUGCCCGGCAGUUUUGCCGGUAGUGUGUGCGGCCUGUGUGGCAACUUCAACAACAAAGAGGAAGAUGAUCUCACCACUCCCAGUGGUUCAGUGGCCAGCAGCGUGGCAGCGCUGGGAAAUAGCUGGAGGGUUCCCGGUGCCGCAGACGAUGCCGGUUGCCACGAUGCAUGUGACGUGUGUGAAAUCUGUCCUCUCGAUGAAGUUCAAAAAUUACAGAAGCAAAUCUUCUGUAGCGCCCUCAUACUAAAUUUUGUAGAACUUCUGGGUUGUCAACCUGACAUCGACUCCAGCAUCUUUAAAAGUAACUGCAUGCUUGACCUCUGCAGAGGUGAAACUGUGAACACGUAUCUCUGCAACACUCUUCAAGGCUUCGCUGAAAUCUGUCAGAGGUCUGGGGCCAAAGGUCCCAACUGGAGGACUCCGACUGAAUGCCCUACACCCAAGUGCCCAGAAAACAGCCGCUAUGAGUUCUGUGGGAGUGGCUGUCCUGCCACAUGUGCAAACCCAAACACUCCUACAACAUGCAAUGCCACCUGUGUGGAGACAUGUGUCUGUAAUGACGGCUUCAUGCUCAGCGCCACCAAGUGUGUCCCCCAGGCUCAGUGCGGCUGCAUGUAUGAGGGUCACUAUGUGGAAGCCGGAGCCUCCUUCUGGGGCGGUGAGAGCUGCACCAAACGCUACACAUGCUCCGCUGGUGGAAGUUUGUCUUUCAAUCAGAUUAGCUGUCCCGCAGGGCAGCAGUGCCAAGUAGUGGAAGGGAUCAGAGGUUGCUAUCCUGUCAACUACGCAACGUGUAUGGUAUCUGGUGACCCACAUUUUGUGACAUUUGAUGGGGAUCGCUACAACUUCCAGGGCACUUGUGUGUAUCAGAUGGCUGCCGUCUCCUCCAAUCAAACCAGCCUGGAAAAUUUUAGCGUCGUGUUGCAGAAUAAUGGUCAAGAUAAGAAGAUUGGGUCCGUUGUCCAGCUGGUGGAGGUCAAAGUGGAUGAAGACACCAUCGUCAUCAGCAAAGAGCACCCUGGCACUGUUAUGGUAAAUGGCGAGCUCUCCUACCUCCCUUUGACGCUGAACAGCAGUAAACUCCAUCUUUACCCGAGCGGCUGGUUUGCUGUUAUCGAGAUGGACUCCGGAGUGAGCGUGUACUACGACUGGAACAGUGUAGCAAUAGUCACCGUUCCCAGUACGUACAUGGGCAAGAUGCAAGGUCUUUGUGGCAAUUACAACCUCAACCCCAAAGACGACAUGCAGAUGAGAGAUGGGAAACAAGCCACCACCUCUGAGGAGCUCGGUCAAAGCUGGAAAGUCGCCACAAUCCCCGGCUGCGUAGACGGCUGCAGAGGCCCAUGUCCCGGCUGUAACGCCACUCAGAAAGAAACCUACAGCACUAACAGUUACUGUGGCCUCAUCAGCGACCCCGCAGGCCCGUUCCGUGACUGCCACGCCAAGGUCGACCCCGCAGGUUUCCUCAACGACUGCUUGUAUGAUGUCUGUCUUUACCAGGGCGGCAGCAACAUGCAGUGCAAGACUUUCACCGCCUACACAGCCGCCUGCCAGCUGAAAGGUGCCACAGUGUACUCCUGGAGGUCAGCUCAGUUCUGUGACGCUAAGUGUCCAUCGAAUAGCCAGUACGAGCUCUGUGGCAGCGGCUGUCUCCGGUCAUGUCAGAAAGACCCAAACUGUGGAGCUCAGUGCAUGGAAGGAUGCGUCUGUGAUGAGGGUUACCUGCUGAGUGGAGGUAAAUGUUUGCCUGCCGACCAAUGUGGCUGCACAUUUGAGGGGAAAUACUACCAGCACGGACAGGUCUUCUACCCUGAUGUCCUUUGCCAGAAGAAAUGCACCUGUAAUGGCACAGUGCAGUGUAAGCAGUCCUCUUGUGGCACAAAUGAGAAGUGUGAGAUGAAGAAUAACGUGCGAUCAUGUCAGCCUUUGAGAAGCGGACUUUGCUCCAUCUCUGGAGAUCCACAUUACAACACCUUUGACAACAUCACCUAUGACUUCCAAGGCACCUGCACCUACAUCGCCGCUAAAAGCUGCCACAUGAGCGACACGCAGCUCCCCGAGUUCUCUGUGGUGGUGGAGAAUGACAAGUGGUAUGCUUUGUCUGACAAUCCCAAUGUGUCAGUGACAAAGCUUGUAGCGGUAGAAGUUUACGGAACCCUCUUGAUGCUUCGCAAUAAUCAAAUUAAUAUGGUUUGGGUAAAUGGAGUCCUACAUCGCAUUCCUCUAAACCUCUUCAAUGGUGCAGUGAGGGUUUAUCAGGAGGGGGCAAAUGAGGUCAUUAUUACCGACUUUGGACUGAGGGUCACGUAUGAUCUGGUCUACCACGUCACUAUCACUGUGCCUGGAAACUACUACGGCAGAACCUGUGGUCUGUGCGGCAAUUUUAAUGAUGACAAAGCAGAUGAGUUCCAGCUGCCGAAUGGAAAUUUGACCAAUGACUUCCAGACCUUUGGAGCAGCGUGGAAAGUGGCCGUGCCUGGAGCGGUCUGUGAAGAUGGCUGCAGUGGCGACCAGUGCCCCAAAUGUGACGAUUCUAUAGAAGCUGCGAUAAAGGCAAAAUGCUCAAUAAUCACCGAUAUCAAAGGUCCAUUUGCUGCUUGCCAUGAUGUAAUUGAUCCCACCUCCUACUUAAGAGAUUGUGUCUAUGAUGUUUGCAUGUCCAACGAUGAUGAAAGCGUGCUGUGUCAAAGUAUCGCUGCAUACAUGUUAGACUGCCAAUGCUUUGGCAUAAAGAUUGGGAUCUGGAGAAGUGCUUCUUUUUGCCCUUUUACAUGCAGUGCUGGCAGCCAUUAUGACACCUGUGCACUACCGUGUACCUCUCCCUGUCCUGGUCUCCAUGACAUCAUCACAUGCACAACGACUUGUGCUGAGGGCUGUGCCUGUGAUAAAGACUACCUCUACAAUGGAACUGGCUGUGUGCCCACUAACCAGUGCGGCUGCUAUUACAAUGGCCAAACUUACAUGAUUGGAGAGUCCAUUAUAACUGACGACUGUCACAGGAUUCACACCUGCCAGGCCUCUGGUGUAGUUGUGUCCCAAAACAUGUCAUGUGACCCCAACGAGAGAUGCAUGGUCGAGAAAGGCGUGAUGGGCUGCCAUGUUCAGCAUUGCCUUUUGGAGGCCAAUGGGACCUUCACUGCAUUUAAUGGAGUGGAUAGUAUCAUUACAGUGCCAGGAGCCUAUGAGAUUAUCCAGAGCUGUGACGUCUCUCCAACGUCAGUCUGGUUCAGGGUGGUGGCGAAGUUGGAGAUGUGCACUCCUGGUGUCAACACACUUACAGCUGUGUAUGUGUUCUUCAAUGAAGGGGUGAUCACAGUCAACAGGAAACAUGACGUCUGGAUAAAUGGAAGAGCGUUGACUCAACCCACUUUCUCCCAGAACAAUGUGAAAGUGGUGGUCUCUGACAAUACAUUGACAAUUAACACUUCCAGCCUUCAGGUGUCCUUUAGUUCAGCUGAUGAACUCACUAUUACUGUCAGCGACAAAGUCGCUGACGUGGUAUGUGGGGUAUGUGGAACCAUCAGGCCUGCUCAACUACUCAGGCCGAAUGCUGCCUCUGCGUCACUGAACUUUAGGCAGUGGAUAGCUCCAGAUUUCCCCGAAUGUGGUUUGUAAAUUUCAGUCCUGCCAGCUUUCCAUCAACUGCAUUGAUCAACAUCCUUCAGCACUAACCCAACUGACAGCAUCAUUGAUUCAUGAAAUUAUUUGUAUUGAUAUAGAGAAACCCAUAUCCAUGUAAAUCCCAUUCCUUGCUUCUUUUCAAUUUUCAAAAGUCUGAGAAAUAUGUUUGUCCUGUUAAACAUCUGUAAUAAUAAAAAAAUGAAUGAAAACAAA